UGGUAAUGGAGGUAAUUUGACCAGCGGUAUAGCAGUAGACUUGAACGGAAAGUCAAUUUCCUCCGCACCCUCAAGGGUUAAGAAACGAAAAUGCAGAGAAAGCUGCAAUUAUUUUUUUUUUUUUGGGAAGGUCGCAGAAGUGGUUAUUAGGUCGUGCGUUUAGCCGUGAAAGUUUAAAACAACCAACAGAGCAGGGAAAGCGUCACUGAUAACUUGCAGACACCGAGGCAAGCAUGCUGGAAAACGUAGUGUUUGCAUCAUUUGUGUUUUACAGCACACUUCUGAUCCUCAAAAUGUUUGCCAUUGCUGUUAUCACAGGACAAGUACGACUCCGUAAAAAGGCGUUUGCUAAUCCCGAAGAUGCACUGCGACAUGGAGGAAUCCAGUACUUCAGAGAGGACCCAGACGUGGAAAGAUGCAGAAGGGCUCACCGCAACGACAUGGAGAAUAUUUUCCCCUUCCUGUUUCUGGGAGCCGUUUACUCCAUGACAGAACCAACCUUGCUUGUAGCCCGAAUUCACUUUCAGGUUUUCUUUGUAGGCCGGCUAGUCCACACUGUCGCCUAUUUGUGUGCCCUGAAAGCUCCUACACGUUCCCUGGCCUACACUGUUGCACAAGUUCCCUGUGUCUCCAUGGCUGUCCAGAUCCUCAUUGCUGUGGCCGCUUAUUGGUGAAUUAUUGGUCAUGUCCGAGAGUGUUAGUUUCAUACAAGUUGGUGAAUGUGAUUUUUUUCUUUAAUCUUUUGAAAUUCUUUAACCAUAAUACCAAGUUUUUGUCAGUGCAGUCCAGUAUUUCUAAGUGCUUAAAAUCAACAGAAAAUCCACUUUGUCAGAGAUGGAUUUGCAAGCUUUAGGAAUUAUUUAAGCAAAGGUGUUUGUUAAUUUUUUUUGUGUUCAUUGAGGCAUCGUCAUUUCACAAAUGAGCUUCAUAAAAUAUAUUUUCUCCCAGCGGUCCAUGUCUACCUAACCAUAGGAAAAAAAUCGAUAAUUGAAUUGCAAGAAGAAAAAAGGUAUCUCAUGGUAGCAGGUGCUGUCCCUUACCUGCAAAAGAGAAGAACUGUGCUUACACUUUUCCUUGGACCCUUUUUCUUCGACCCUGUUUGAGCAGAUAAUAUGCAUUUCGUCCUUUUUCUCGUUAAACAAACACUAAAGAACUGUGAACAAAUAUUUCUUUACCUAAUCAUUGCCUUGACAAGUUUCUUACUCUGUUCUGUAUCUCUCUUAUCAGAUGAAAGCCUCUUGUUGAGAAGUAAAUACUUGAAGGGUCCGGUGCAUCUGCAGUGGAUGUUUCUGCAUAGCUGUGAAAUAAGAUGUUGGAUGUAAGGCAGGCACAUGACAAGACCAUUUUAAUCAUUAGAUGGCAUUUUGCUGCACAAUUAAGUCUGUUUCAAGGGAUGGCAUGAAAAAUUUACUACAGUUCUUGAAGUUAUGAAAAAAUAACUUGGCCAUUGCCACAUAGCAGAACCAUCUUAACCGAGUGUAUGAAUGGAUGUUCAUUUGAGCUUGGUCUGCCAGGUAAGGAAUUUAAAGAAUCUACUGUAUCUGGUUUAACUAUUUGAUAUUGGCAUGUAUUGUGAUAGCAAUUAAUGUUUAUUUUGCUAAAUGUUUAUAUAAUGCACAAAACAUGGUUAAGUGUUUAUACAGGCACACUUAAAUUUACAAAUUCAGUGAGAUCUUCGGUGCCAGAAACGUUCUUCAAACUGUGCUCUUGUGUUAUACUAUAAAAUGUAUAAUUAGGACUUGAAUGUUUGUGCUCAUCAUGUCCUACUUUUGCUGGAAAUUCCUCAUUUGCAAAACAACAGCUUAAGUCACCAUUAGACGGCACUUUUUCCAGUUGAAAGCAAAUUGUUCUCAUGUCCGUUUUGCAUUGAGGUAAAGGGAAAAUGGUUAAAUUAAUCCCACUUGGUCACUGUGAGUGACGUCCUGUGGGAAAGAUGUCUUACCUUCAUCUUUAAGGAUUGCCACAAGUGUGAACUGAGCGUUAAACACUGCACUGUUUCAAGAUGGAAAAUGGAUACAUUCCAUAUUCGUCAAAGCACAGUACUUUGAGUGUAUGUAAAAUGAUGGUGAUGUAGAAACAUUAAAAGCCUGUAACUUGCUCACCAAAUUUAAUGAAUGUAUUUGAACUAAUUAAAAUCACUGCAGCACCAAGUUUACAUCUUUCAUACAUGCUAGUUGAGAGGCGUCAAUAAUGGAAAGCACUCUCCAGACAACUGCUACACUGUUCAUCUGCACUGCCUAUGAAACAUUGUAUUAUGUCAAAGGAUUUACCACUUUGUUGUUAUUUUCGUAGUUCUUUUUUGGAAUUGUAACCUUUUUUGUAUCUGCACGAAAAUUAUAUGGAUAAAUGUUUUGUCUGUAAGUCAAUAAAACCAAAGUAUCAAAAUGCAGA